GCAUCAUCCUCGACGUCAUCGUCACUCUGUAUCCUCCACCUUUUAAAACCCCCUCAAAAGUCUCCGAACACCUCUCUCUCUCUCAAAACAAAUCCUCUCUCUCACAGUGAUCUGAUUCGAUAUGGGUUUUAGCAAAGAAGAGAUUAGCAAGAGCACAAGGUUCUGGUCUUCUCCUCUAUGGAGAGGCCUCAAAACUGUAUUCGUUUUGUUCACAAUGUUCCUCUCUUUUCUCCUCGUCUCUGCUCCGAUCUUCCUCGCCGUCGCAGACGCUCUCCUCCCUUCCGCCCUCCUCCACCGCCUCUCCUCGCCAACGAAUCUCUCUUCUCAUCUCACCAACUAUGAUUUCCGUCACUCACUCAUCGAUAUUCCGUUAAUAUCCAUCGUUAGAUCCGCCGUUAUACUCUGUGUUUACGGGCUUUGCGACGGACCCAAGUUAUCGAGAGGUCCGUAUCUGACAAUAACGAUGAUUUGCUCUGUUUCCUCUCUGAUCUACGUUUCGUUAAAAGCUGCUUUCGUGUUCGGCGAGCCGGUGAACGGAGACGGUGGAGGUAGUUACUUCAGAGCUGCGGAAGUGGCUCUGUUUCUCUGCUCCUCGGUUCUAGCCAUCGGUCAUAUAGUUGUGGCGUAUAGAACAAGUUGUAAAGAGAGGAGAAAGCUCCUCGUCUUCAAGAUCGACAUUGAAGCCGUUUCGGCAUGUAAAAACGUAUACCCGAGAUACCAAAAGAUCCUCCAACAAGAGAGGCUCAAAUAGAGACGUAUUUCAAGAGAAUCAAUGUUACUUGUACAUAUACAUGACACGUACCCUUAUAUACGCUUGGAAAUAUUAAAAAGAUACGACGUAUGAAUGUAGCUUCCUCUUCUGCCUUUCGGUGUUGACCCAUCAACUCCUUCGCUUUCAAAUUUUCAGGCAGAUCCAAAGGAUAGUCUGUAAAGGCGGAAUGAACAGAUAGAGAGUGGAGCUAACAUCAACGAAUGAUCUUCUAUUUUUAUUUUAAUGUAAGACAACUCCGAUGAAAUGGCAGUUGUUAGCUUUAAUACUUUAGGUUAGUUAGGAAGAUUUGUAUAUAAUAUAGUUUUGUUUAUUUUGUACUAACCUAGAGUUCACCAAUGAGGAAAGAAGCCCAAGGCAUCUUUUUAUUUCUCUCGUCUCUUUGUAUGUUGUUUGGAACUUUUUGGUUUUAAUAUGUGUUUUGCAAUUGUAGUUAAGUAACGAUAAGAAAAUAUGGGUUUGUCCGCGUGAUUGCCUUAAUGCGUCAUCAAGUUUCUAGAAUAAUCGUAAAGCAACCUUUUG